AUGUUCUUACAAUCAUAUCGUUUUCGUCUGAAAACAGCAUCUGAAACAUUUACUCAACAAAAUAAUAAUGUAUCAAAUUCAAAUACUUUAUUGAUUUAUUUUAAAGGUGAAAAAGGUUUAACUCAAACCUUAUUUGUACCAUUGAAUAAACUCAAUGAAGAUAUAUAUGAAAAUAAAAUUGAAUUACUUGAUGUUGGCAAUUUAUUACUUGCACAUGUGAAACUUGAUGCAAAUAAUAUAAAAUGGAAAUUAAAUUGGAUUGAACUUGAACGAGAUAAUGAAAAUGGAGAAAAAAUUAUUUUCAAUUUUCCAAUAAAUCGAUGGCUUGAUUCAAAUCAAAAUCAAAAACUUAAUAUAUUUAUUAAAGAAGGUCCUGCACAACUUGCUCCAAUUUAUACAAUUAUUAUACGUACGGGUACUAUUAGUAGUUGUUGUCAAGCAAAUAUUCAUCUAGCAUUGAUUGGUGAUGGUGCUUCAACAAUUCCAUUUGAUCUUAAUUCAAAUUCAAGUUUAAUUCAAUGUACAACAAAGAAUUUAUUUCAAUCAGGUUCAACAGAUAUAUUUUAUAUUUCAUCAUUAGAAUCUGUUGAUAUUGGUCAACUGUUUUAUUUACAUAUUCAAUGUGAUAGUCGUGAUAAUUUACCAUAUUAUUGUGAAAGUAUUGAAGUUAUCAAUAAUUUAACUGAUGAAAAAUAUUUUUUUCUUAUCAAUCAUUGGUUUGGACCAAAUUUAGAACAAAAAAUAUCUGUUCCAGUAAUUGAUCGUAACAAAGGAUCGAAUAUAUUUACAAUUUCUAUUAAAACUACAGAUAUAUCUGAUUCGAGUAGUCAAAAUAUGAUUUCUAUUCAUAUGAAUUUUGCUAAUGGAAAAUCAUAUAAUGAAACAUUGAGCUCAUCAGAAACACAUCAAAUUCCAUUUCAAAAAGAUAAUAUUGAUUUUUUUCUUGCUAUUAUUGAUAAUAUUGGUGAUACUGAGAUAAGUAAUGUUAAGAUUUGCUUUAUCAACAAAUCAAUAGAAAAAACAACGUCGAUUCAAUGGAAAUGUGCUUGGAUUGAAAUUCGUGAUAUUUUUUAUCAAAGAAAUUAUUGGUAG